AGUCCCUGGAUGUGUUACAGACACUGAGUGCUCAGCUCAGCUCAACUCUGCACAGAAACGUCAGCAGAGGUUUUUGUGCUGAAGUCUUGGGUUUGACACUUUAAUCCACAACCUUCUGACUCUGAGGAACCGGUUAAACCUGCCAUAACUUGGAGAAAUGGGAGACUCCAGAUGCUGGAACCUGGAGCAAAACACCGCUGGAAGAACUCAGCACGUCAGGCAGCAUCUGUGGAGGCAGAAGGACGCGAGCCGAUUUCUCUUAUGAAACCCAACCAGAAAAAUAAAGAGGCCUCUGAGGACUUUACCGCACAGCUUGAAAACUACAAAGUCAAAGCCACGAGGCACAUCUUCCUGAUCAGACAUUCCCAGUAUGAACUGUCGGCCUCGACAGACAAAGACAGAGUCCUGACGUCGUUGGGCCGUGAACAAGCUGAACUGACAGGUCAGCGACUGGCAAGUCUGGGUUUGAACUACGACAUCCUGAUUCACUCCAGCAUGACCAGGGCGAAAGAGACGGCGGCGAUUAUCCGUAAAUACUUGCCAGGUCUGGAAGUGAUGAGCUGUGACUUGCUGCGAGAAGGUGCACCGAUUGAACCUGACCCACCCGUCAGCCACUGGAAACCAGAGGCCAUGCAGUAUCAUGAAGAUGGGGCAAGGAUUGAGGCUGCCUUCCGUCGCUACAUCCACAGAGCUGAUUUGAAGCAACAGAACGAUAGUUACGAGAUCAUUGUCUGUCAUGCAAAUGUGAUCCGCUACUUCGUCUGCAGAGCGUUGCAGUUCCCUCCAGAAGGAUGGCUGAGAAUGUGUCUCAACAACGGCAGCAUUACCUGGCUCACCAUUCGCCCCAAUGGGAGGGUUGCACUUCGAACACUGGGAGACACAGGCUUCAUGCCUCCUGACAAAUUAACACGUUAAGAAAUUGUUCGGAAAGCUCGCAUGCUUCACUUGUCACUGUGCAAAAUGUUUGCCUAAUACUUGAAAUGAUAUCCGUGGCUGUUCUGUUGAUUUGCAGCAAUAUUUACAGAUCUUUAUUUUUGUGUUGUUUUUAAUUUGCAUUUUAGAAUCAUGUUCCAACAGCUGAGAAGGUGGGAUGGUCCUGCAGUGGACGGGAGUGGGAUAUAAUCAAUGUUGUUCUAUGUCAGCUGCUAAUUGAUGCUGUGCUUGACUGUGUCAUCUCCUGUAGCCUUGUUUUUAAAAAAAUUUCAGGAGAUUAUCUGGUCCUCUUGGUAUCUGAAUCUUCCUGCCAACUUUUUUUAAAAAAAGAAAAAUUUUAGACUGUAAAACAUCUGCUUCUCUCCAGCUCAAUACUCUGAUUGUCAAUACAGUUCAUGCAGUCAGUGUUUGUUCCGUGAGAUGUGUUAACUCAGGGCAUAGAGAAGACUUGAGGAAGGGUCGUUCUGUUCUCCGUGGGUAGUGUUGGGUUGGAUGUUCAGUUACAGGAGGUGAUGAGGGGCAAGGCGGGUGAGGCUUUCCUUCUUUCUCCCCCUUCUUGUAAUUCUCUAACAAUUCUUGCUGCAGUAGUGGAGCUGAUUACGUUGCCUCUACUGAACAGUCACCAAGGCUCACAGAUGGAGCACUGGAUUGUGAGACAAGCCAUAAAAUAGCUAGCCCAUAAAAUACAGCAUAAUUAUAAUCCAAAGUGCUUCUCAACUAUUUUAAAAAUAAUUUGGUUAUUAAUGUGCGAGUUAGGAUGAUCAUGGGUAUAAAUCCAGGUUAUAAUCAACAAGUUAUCUGUGUUAGUUUUAGUAACUGGUGACCAGAUUUAAAACUUGUAUCAUGUCACUGUAUUAAGCAGUUUACCUGAUUGUCACUUCUUUCCAGCUCGUACAUCAAUGCAAUAUUCAAAAGUUGAAUACAGGGUCCCAUGAAUA